AUGCAGUCGGUAAGACUUGAUGCCGUGUCGGGCUUUGAACCUCGACACCCGCGAAAGCGAGAGCGUCGUCGUUACACCUGCGUCCUCGAGCAGUUGAUUGGCCUUCUUGUGGAGGAUGAAGUCGGUCAACGUGACUUUACUUUGAGUGUCGAGCACGAAAUGGAACAGCGCUUUCUCCACCUCGGCAUGUCUGCCCUUCUGCUGCCGUUUGGCUCUCGGAUUGAGGGUGACAGGAAUAUCCUCGCUCAGAAUCCUGCUGAUCAUGGACCGUGUAACACGGACUCCAAAUUCUCCCAGCGCCUAUCGACAGAGACCGGCUUGCGUGAGUCCAGGGUUUUCUCGCUGGUGUGUCUGUGGAGCUCUCUUCUGGACGAAGGAAAGGUGCGUUCGGGGCGCCAUUCGUACGUCGUGUUUGUCUGCAGAGGUGCUCGAAAAAUUGCGAAUUGUCCUUGCGUGGGGAGAAUGGGACGGGUGGCGGGCGUCACUACGUUCUUUUGUCCAAUAGCUGUGCGAUAG